AUUUUGUGAAGUAGAAUGUCAACAAACACCUCCUAAAAACUUUAAAGGUACUUAAUCGACAUAUUUAGACUAGCUAUUGAUUUUCGUAUGACAACUUUAUGUACCUUUGAUUCAUUCUAGACAACAGGAAGUGCAUUUAUUUCAAAACAUUUUGUUUAAACAAAUUUUUGUGGGAAAAUAAAGUUUAGCACUUAAAUCAUAAAAUAGAUAAGAUUGUGGAAGUGGUCGGAGAUAUAAACUUAGUCAGCGGAUUUGAUUCAGGCAUUAAUGUACAUGUAUAUAUCCCAUAUUAAUGGGCAAUAUUGAUUUGCGACAUUUGGAUAUUCAGUGACCUUUACUGAGCUUUUGUUGACAAAGUUCUGAUGCAGAAGACAAGACGUAAUAAUAAAUAUUUUGGAUUUCAAUCCGGCAUAUAAACCUUUUAAAGGAUAACUGAAGGUUUAUAUAUGACAGCGUAAAGUACCAACUUUAACCCUGGAGAGCCAAAACAAACAAAAAGAAGUGAAAACAAAUCUGGUGCAAGAUUAACGUUUGGUAAACAUUGACAGGAAAUACCAUCUGAUUAAACACCGCAUGCUGUGAUUGUCAUCUAACCGGAGAUUAACUUGCAGACAAGCACCUGCUCCUGGAAGACAAGUCCGGGGAAACAAUGUCAGAAAAACCGAUGCUGAGUAACAAUACACGUCCUCCGCAAGUAGCGGGCACACCAGUACAAAAGGUGAAGUCAUGGUGUCGGGAAAACUUGCUGCUCAUAUUGACAAUAGCUGGUGUGGUGUUUGGUGUCAUACUUGGUUUUAUAAUACGUAUAGCGGAACCAUCACCUAAUGCUAUAAUGAUAAUAUCAUUUCCCGGGGAGAUCUUGAUGAGGGCUCUCAAAAUGUUGAUCUUACCUCUCAUUGUUUCCAGUCUUAUCGUAGGUGUGUCGUCGUUGGAUGCAAAAGCAAGUGGUCACAUGGGAUUGAGGACGUUGUUGUACUACUUCGGCACAACUUUCAUGGCAAUUAUCAUAGGCGUUAUUCUGGUGGUCUCUAUUCAUCCUGGUGACCCAGUUUUGAAGGACGAAACAGCUGUUGCCGAGGGAGACAGUAGAAUUACCUCCCUUGAUGCAUUACUUGAUCUCAUUAGGAAUUUUUUCCCAGACAACCUGGCACAGGCCAUGUUUCAGCAUGUGAAGACAUCAUAUUCAGAUAUAGAAGUGAAAAAGAAACGUAUUAAAUUAUUACCUUUCACUGAUGACAUCAUUCUUAACGGAACAAUACUGGUAAACGAGACUACGGGUGAGCGUAUUAAUGCAACACUAUACACGAGCCAAGACGGUAACUUUACGAAGCAGAUUGUAGAAUAUGUCGAGAUGGUAGAAAAACGUGGACUGAAAUAUGGAAAUGGAAUAAACGUUCUUGGAUUGAUUUGUUUUUGUGUUGGUUUCUCAAUAUUUCUCAGCAAGAUGGGACCAAGGGGCCAAGUUAUGAUCGACUUUUUUGAUAUACUCAACGAUAUUGUCAUGAAACUAAUCAUUCUUGUCAUGUGGUAUUCACCAUUUGGUAUCAUGUUUUUGAUCUGUGGGAAGAUUCUAGAACUUGAAGAUAUUCAGGCUGUUGCAGCACGUCUUGGUCUAUACAUUGUUACCGUGGUAGCAGGGCUUGGGGUUCACGCCCUUGUAUCACUACCUCUCACAUAUUUUAUCAUCACACGUAAAAGUCCGCUGAUACUAUGCAAAGCUGUUUUCCAGGCAUGGAUUACUGCCCUUGCUACAGCUUCAAGUUCGGCAACACUUCCAGUGACAUUCCAGUGUUUGGAGGACACAAUGAAAAUAGACAAGCGUGUGACGAGGUUUGUGCUCCCUGUUGGUGCUACCAUCAACAUGGAUGGAACAGCACUGUACGAGGCUGUUGCACCAAUCUUUAUUGCUCAGAUGAAUGGUAUAGAACUCUCAUUUGGUCAGAUUCUCACUGUCAGUUUGACUGCGACCUGUGCUGCUAUAGGUGCUGCAGCCAUUCCUAGUGCUGGACUGGUUACCAUGUUGAUGGUUCUAACAUCUGUUGGACUUCCUGUAGAAGAUGUCAGCCUCAUUCUGGCAGUAGACUGGUUCUUGGACAGAUUAAGAACCUCUGUAAAUGUGCUAGGGGACAGCUAUGGUGCAGCUGUAGUGGCUCACCUGUCGAAAGCAGAGCUGGCAGAAAUUGACAAACACAAUAUGAUUGAGGUGGAGCUAGGAGAGAUGGAUGAAGGAAAGAGGAAUGGAGGAGAUAAUGUAACAGAGGGCGCUGCUAGUGAUGAACUUUACCCGGACCUAAGAUCAUAAUUUAAACCAGUCUGAUGACCUUUACAUUGACCUAAAUUCAUAAUUUCAAACCAGCCUGGUGACCUUUACAUUGACCUGAAUUCAUUGUUAAAACCAGUCUGGUGACCUUUACAUUGACCUAAAUUCAUUAUUAAAACCAGUCUGGUGACCUUUACUUUGACCUAAAUUUGUUAUUAAAACCAGUCUGGUGACCUUUACAUUGACCUGCAUUCAUUGUUUCAAAGCAAUCAGGAGUUUGAUCAUUUAGCACAUCAAGAAUGUAUUAAUAUUUUUAUUUAUUGUCAGUUAAAACUAGAUUGUAUUAUGUUUAAAAGGAAUGGUCUAUGUUCUCUCACACUUGAAUCAUACUGGUAUCAACCUUUUUGAUCGGGUAUGUAGAAAAUCUUUAAUCUGAAAAGUUACAUAACAUUCAAAUACAUUGUACAUGUUUAUGUUCUUGGAAGGUCUCCUCAUACUUUUUGCAUUAACAUAACUGUUGUUUUGUCUGUGAAUAGCUGUACAAAAAAACAUUUUCAUUUUACAAUUAAAAUAUGAUUGCU